GAAGGAGUAGAACCAUCGGAACUCAUAUUAAACUUAGGUUAUGCCUUAAUUGCGUAAUUAACAGUAAUCUUUACCGGUGCGUACACCGUAUCGCACUACCCAUUAAUCGGUUAGAUAAAAAGUGCUACUGUGCAACCAAUCUAUACAUAGAUGGUGACGUCACUACGUUAUUGUCAGUAAGAUCGGUGUGUACACAAUGACUGUGCAACAGUUCUUUGCUUUAAUCAAACGGGCCAUAACCAGGAAGUAAAAAUUACAUCGUGAUCAUUUAUAGAAAAGCAUGAGCACGAUUUAGUGUAUGGACGCUCAGCAUGCCCAGCAUGAGUCCAUGGGAAACCCAGCUAUGUGCCCAUGGCAUUCUGGCUCUACUGCUGCCAUUCUGGCAAGUGUCUGGUCGAAUCUGUGAUCCUUCAAAUAGAACAGGUCCUGUGUUCUUCACCCAAGAGCUGAAUGUGGCAGAGUACAUCAACUACGGGGCGUCCAAACCCUUGCUCUGCUGCGCCAGUGGUUUCCACUCCAUUCAGUGGCAUAUCCUGAACAAGGGAGCGGCCUGGGAUCCCUACCCUCCUGACUCCACGGGAACCGAGGAUCCCCAAACAGAAGAGGAGGGUCAGGUGCUGAGGAUAUACCAUGCCAUGAAUUUCCAGAACACAAAGUUCCGGUGUGACUUGGUUGUGAAUGGAUCAGAGGUGUUGAGUCACACUGUUCGGCUGUAUGUCUCUCAUUGUUCCACACAAGCAAGGGGACCAAUACUCACUGAGCCUUUUCCACAAAACCAAACCAUAUACGACUUUGGCGGGAAUAUAAACUUUUAUUGCACUGGCAAUUUUGGGUGUUACAAGCACAAUGACGUGCAGAUUGUUAUGUGGUCAGUGGACACUAUUGGCAAUAAUGCUUCAGGUAUCAGUGAAAGAUACCAUCUUGUGACCAAUGAAAGCGAGGACAAAACAACGCUGAGAUCAACUCUGACCAUAGAGAAAGUGGAGCCAAUCGAUACCAACAGAACUUUCAUAUGUACUAUCAUGAAUGACCAAUCUGAUCAUGGGCAGACUGACAGAUCGGUCAGGAUUACAAAGAAAGAAAAACCAAUGCCGACCAUAAAAAUCAUAGCGAUUGCCGUUUCCACAGUUGUGGGAGUAUUUAUUGCCUUAUUACUGGUAGGCUUUUGUGUAAAGAAAUGUUGGGGGCCCCAGGUGAAGCUGUUUGUCUAUGUGCACUGCCCCUGCUCUCUUCGCAAGGUUUUGGAUGUGGAUAAGUAUGAGUUCCAUGUAUUUCUUUACCACCAUGAUGAUGACAGAGGAAAGGCAGAGACGAUCAAGAAGAAGCUUGAGGAUAAAUACUAUGAUGUAUUUAUAUCUGCUGACAUUAAACCAGGAACAGAGGUCAUACCAACAACAUCAGCAAUAUUGGAAAAGAGCGCAGCUGUGCAUUUUCUGUAUACGGAGAAUCUGCUACUUGAUGCUUGGGCUAUGAGAUUCCUCACAACCUUGAUGGAGGAUGGCAAAGAUAUUCUCUGUUUAGAAAUAGAUGCAUUUGAACCGCAGCACGUUAUCACAACUAUCGAGGAAGGACAAAUAGAGACCGAUGGUCCAGUUAUGAAUGGUAUUCAGAUUAGGCCAGUAAGUAAAGAUAUAAGCUUCUGGAAGCGUCUCCCAAAAGUUAAGGUUCCCAAUGAAACGGAUUCGCAGAGAAAACAGAAUAAUUUCUGGUGUUUUCUGCAAAACAAACUCCCAAAACCUAAGCGGUCAGCUAUGGUCAAGGCAAACGCGAAACGUGACAAUGUUGAUAGAAGAAAUUCUGAAAGGCCUCUUCUGGCAUCCCCACCUCCUACUCCUAUGAACGUUAUAGUUACACAUCAAGAGGAAAGUCUGGCAUCAGAUGAUGUGUUUGUAUCUGCUGAAAUAUACUUGCACAAUGAGGUUCAGCAACAGAACCCACAACCAGCGACCAUAUAUGAUGGGCACCUAGACCAGGUAAAAUGGCUGGAUUUUGAACAUGAUACCGCAAUAACCCAUGAGUUCGAGAAUGCUUUGGAAACAGAGAAUGAACGAACAAGUAUUAAAGCAGAUAAUCAAAUACAUGCAAAAACAGCUGAAAAUUUUUAUUUAAAUAACCAAAUAUUGAGCAACCAUGACACUUCUUACCGUGGUGUUGCACCACAAAGCAAGGCUAUUGACGUGAUUCAUCAUAUGAGUAAAAAGGGUUUCAUGUCCUCUGGAGAUGGAUCGACUCCAGCGAGCGUAUCAAGCCCUCCUGAUAACAAUGCCGAUUUAUUUAGAUCGGAUUCCUAUGAAGGCUCUACAAAUGGAGGUAUUUCAGCAGGCAUUUCUGGUCAAAGUGACAGUGGAUACAGCAGAAGUCAGACGAGUUCAUCAUUUUGUGCAAAUAGCGAUGGGCUAGGAACCUCACAAUCUUCUUCCUCGACAUCUCCACUUUUCAACGGUCUAUCUUCUGGAGAAAAUUUAUCUUUUACCGAAAGAGGAGAAGUACAAAAUGGAGAGGCAAAAUAUAAUGAAAGCUUUGUAAAAAAUGAUAAAGGUUUGAAACUUGCAUUAGCGUCCGCAUGAUAUACACGGAACCUUAGCAAUAUGGUUGUCUCUCCGGAAAGUAGAUAUUCGUCUGUUAAUACAAACCCAUCUUUUAUUUUAAUACCAGAUUAACGGUGGCAAACAGGGUUGGAAUUUUCAGAAGGAUUCCAAUUUAGUUAAAAUGUGCAAAGCAUUUUAAUGUGUACGAUUAUGGUGUAUUGUGUUGCUGUUUUCAUCGACCCAGUUGCAUGGAAAACGAUACAUGGGGAAUAACGCCAAUUUUCGGUUCGAAUUAUAUUUUGAUGAAGAGGUUUUGGAAGUUUUUCAUUUUAUUUUACUAGUUUUAUCAAUCAUACGGGAAUUAAGAAGUGUAAAAUAUUUGUGUAACAUUGUAACUGAAAUAAAUAGAUGUGUAGGAUAAUUGCAGGCUUUCGUAGAUUUACAUAAUAUAGUUCACUGUACAAGUGAUCAGAGAAAAUAAUCUAUUAUGAAUAAGCAAACUUAUUUAUGACAUAUUUGACUGUUUACAUUGUAUGAGGAGCAGUUGAUUCGCAAUAGAAGACAUAUACAGCUAUUCAAAAUGCUCACAAUGUUCCCUUUACAACAAAAUUUCUACUACAUCACAGCAAAACAAGGUAUCCUAUGUGAUAAAAGAGACACAGGGUGAUGCUGAAUCGACAGGUGUUCACUUUCAUGUAUAUUUCUUAUGAAUUUCUAGUUAUGGUAUCUAUAGUAUCCCGAUUUGUUGCAGUCGUCUGUUAAUGCAUUGGAACACAUUGACAUAUCCUAUUUCAUAAUUUCAAAAGGAAGUUAACAUGUAUGUGUGCAAUUCUUCAGAAGGUGGUCACUCCAUUUCGGAUGUGUAGCUUCGGUGUGUGAAUUAAUAUCGUUUGAAUAUUGUUUAUGCCCCCGGAUCGAAAGAUCGGGGGUAUAUUGUUUUUGGCCUGUCUGUCUGUCUGUCAUUGUGUCAUUGUAUGUGUGUGUCACAAAACUUUAACCUUGGUUAAAGUUUGAUAACUUUUGUAUUAUUGAAGAUAGCAACUGCAUAUUUGGCAUGCAUGUGUAUCUCACGGAGCUGCACAUUUUGAGUGUCGAAAAGUCAAGGACAUUCUUCAAGGUCCAAGGUCAAAUAUCGUUGUGUUUUUCUUUCCUAAAACUUUAACCUUCGUUAAAGUUUGAUCAUUUUUUUUAAAUAUUGAAGAUAGCAACUUGAUAUUUGGCAUGCAUGUGUAUCUCAUGGAGCUGCACGUUUUGAGUGGUGAAAGGUCAAGGUCAUCCUUCAAGGUCAAAGGUCAAAUUUAUGGCUUCAAAGCGGCGCAAUAGGGGGCAUUGUGUUUCUGACAAACACAUCUCUUGUUUUUAUUUUAAAGAUCUCGAUCUUUGCAACAAUGUUUGUGGGGGUUUUGUUUACAGUUAUGUUGUUGUUUGUUCGUAAUCGGAAGCAUGUAUUAGGUGGAUGGCAUUAUAAGGGUUGUUUUGCUUUCGUUUUAUGUAUGGAUUGAAUCUUUCAAUUUCUUGUUUGAUGUCAACUAUUGUAGUAAAUUAUGUAUGUUUUAUAUAUGACAUGGGCAUGUUAUUCAAAUACGCUUUUUAAUUCUGUUUCUUACCGUGUUUUAACGUUGUAUUUUUUAAGUUUAUUUGCAAUGUUUCCGCUUUUUCGUAUAGCAUUUUAAUAUGUAAACACUUAUGUAAACGUUGAUAUUUCUUUAUGAAACAUAAACCACUACAUUCUUGUUUAAGGCCACAAAACUUAUUUGGCAUAGUGAAUUUAAGUAUAAAUAAGACACAUAUUUUAUCUAUGCCAAUUAAAAUAUAUCUGGUGGUUACAACGCAGAAAUCCGUCUUUUUUGCGUUUUUAAACUUAAAAAUAAUCGCGUUUGUCGAAAUGGACGUAUACGUCUAGAAAUCCUACUUUCGGUUUUAAAAGCGUUACAAUUUGGAAAAAAUAAUAAAUUACCUGCUAACUAGGCUAUAGAUUUAAUUGUAUCUGUGCUAAUUAAAAUAUAUAUGGUGGUAUUAAGGUAGAAAUCUGUCUUUUUGCGCUUUAAAACUUAAAAAUAAUCGCGUUUGUUGAGAUUGACGUAUAUGUAUAGAAAUCCUACUUUCGGUUUUAAAAGCAAUACCGUUUGAAAAUUAAUAAAUUACUUGCUAACUAGACUAUAGAUUUAAUUUUAUCUAUGCUAAUUAGAAUAUAUCGGAUGGUUACAAGGUAGAAAUCCAUCUUUUUGCGCUUUAAAACUUAAAAAUAAUCGCGUUUGUCGAAAUGGACGUAUACGUAUAGAAAUCCUACUUUCGGUUUUAACAGCGGUACCGUUUGAAAAAUAAUAAAUUACUUGCUUACUAGGCUAUAGAUUUAAUUUCAAUUUUUCACACUUCAAAUUGCAUCUAUAUGUGUUAAUUAACAUGUAUUUCAUUUCAAGGCGUGUGGCUUUAAGGUUCGUAUCAAAUCCUUGCAGGUAUUACACUCCAUGUGAUGAUGGUCCAUUGAAGUAUUUACACAGAACAAGUUUCCAUCUUUUCUGUUUUAAUUUUAAUUUAUCCCUGGCUACUGGAUACAAAACAUUGUAGUAUUGUUAUUAUUAUUUAUGAUUUGUAUUUACCUUUACAUUUUUGACUGCGAAACAUAAACAUUUGUUAAACAGACCCUUUUAUAACAUAUUGCUGGAAUUUUAAUUUUAACAGAUAAUUUACAAAGAUAUGUGUUGAAAGGAUUUUUCUUGUGAUAGCUGAGGUUACCGCUCAAGAAGGAUUGGAAUCAAUCGACCGCCCCGGUUUUAACCGGCGUUUUUUACCGGUUAAAACCGCCUCGGUCAAUACUUCCGAAGUGGUCAUUACUGGUCAAUACUGGUCGAUUGAAUUUUAUCCCAAAUUUGAUUAAUACCCCAUGCUUAAUUGAACAAUAUUGAUAAUAUAAAUUAAACAGACAUAUUGUCAAAAAUGUCGUAAGCUAUUAAUACCCACUAGUUUGUACCUGUUCAUGCAAUUUGUUGGCCAAUUUUGCAAAUUAGUCGAAGUUGUUGGAUUUUUCUGGUCGAUUGAACUUUUUUUUUAAUUCUAAUGAAUGUUAAGAUAAUUUUGUGCUUUAGUCAACAAUAUUAUCAAUAUGACACACCAAUGAUGUGUAUUAUCAAAAGUAUAUUCAAUGUUUUUGAGAUCAAAAGUCUUCUCACCUAUACAGGUUGGGGCACCCAAAACUGAUAAUAGGGCCUUAAAUGGCACCUUUUUGACACAGCCCUUACUUGUCAUGUAUACUUGCCUAGAUUUCUUUAAAUUCUUUUAAAACAAAAUAGUGAAAAAAUAUUUUAUUUUCCAUUGAUUUAGAAAUAAAAAACAUAAUAAGAAAUAAUUAUUUUAAAAAAAAUAAUUGAAAAAAGAGUCUAGAGGUGACCCACAAUUGGAAAACAUUAUUUGUUGGUAAAAUCAAGAACUUUCAGUGCUUAUUCAUUUGAAGACCAAUUGAAAGUUUAAGUAUUAAAGGAAACAAUCAACAACCUCUUAAAAAGAAAGGAGACAAGUUAGAAGUAACUAUCAAAUUUAUAGCAAGUUAUCUCCUUUUGUUUGAGUGAUAUGAAAUAGUCUAAGGGCAGAUUUGCUUCAUUGUCAAUAUCAGAGACAUAACACUGCAUGCAUUGUAUAACCAAUUAAGGCUUAGGGGCCAGAUUUAUAGGAGGUUUCGGGGAUUGCGAUAAUGACGUCACGUUUGCGCAUGCUUUAAUUUUGGCCGUCAACACUGCGGCCAUUUUGCUAUUGUUUGCAUUUGAUAAACCGCAUCGUGAUAAGGUUACCAUAGUAAUCUCUACUUGACAAACAUUCGCGACCCUUUUAAAGAACAACAAAAUACUCCUAAAUUAAGAUUCUUUCAGAAUAAAUGGAUUUCAAUGAACGAACACAACAUUAAUAAGGACUAAGGACGAAACAAACAACAAAUAGAUUUAUUUUAUUUAAUCAACACGAACUGAUUUGAACCUAUAUGUCUGCAAAAACUUACAUUGUUACAGAAUAAUUAAAUCCUCUUAAGGUAAUGUAAAUGUAAUUGUUUUUAUUUAAUUGUCCACACCACUUUUGACACUCUUUGUUUCAGAAAUUUUAUCCCAGUGUUUCAUCACCAACCGAUUAUCUAGAUAUGAUCGAAUACUGUCAAGGCAAUUACUAAGAAAACAGGGUGUCAUAAAUCUGGGGACCUAUACCCUGCAUAAACCACAUGCGUCUGGUCAAUUACCACAAUUUAUGAUCCUCCAUGUCACCUCUUGGCAUAUUGAGCAGUCAUUUAAGCCAAAUACUUAAUAGUUGCUUUAAUAAAAUAUUUGAACAUAUUUAACAAAUAGACAUUUGUCCGACAUGGAUCAACAGGAUCUAUUAAAUGUAUAAUGUAUAUAUGCCAGUUUAAACAUAACACUGAAGUGUUAAAUAACUAUAAAUUUAAAAUAUUGUACAAAUUUACUGCUACACAAUUAACGUAUUUAACGGGUACAUGCAAAUGUAAACUCCGCUACAACGCGUAAAGAUCGUGCGUUACUGCAGUGUUCGAAACAUCAUCAUGAAAACACGCAAACACGUUUGAUCAUAGUAGGGAUAUAAAAUUGUUGCAUAAAAUAAAUUAAAUGUAUAAAUUAAUGGUAUCAUGAAAUGCUAGAUUUUUAUCGCUCAUUAACACUAUUUAAGAGUUUUCAAUAUACAUGUACAUUCCAGUUCAAUUUUCAAAUAUGCAGUUAUUUUCAUUCAAUGUAAAAGAAACGAAAAUUCAUUCAAUGUAGAAGAAAAUUUAAACUACAAUAAAAGAUUGUUAUGUUCGUUGCUUUUUCAAGGCUUUUUUUAUAUAACUGAUUCAAUGCACCUCUUACAAUUAAUUUCGAUCGCUGAUGAUAAAAUACACUUUCGCAUUAAUUAUAAUCAAAUUAUUAUAUGUUUUAUUAUUUUUGAAAUAUCAUUUAUUGAAGUCUUAGAUCUACUUUAAGAAAGAAUAUGUGUACAUUUAUAGUUUGUUUGUGUGAAAUUGUCAGUAUUUAGUCUUCCGACGACCUUUACUCUUAUACGAUGUAAAUGGCCGCGAUCGAGAGUGUUGACGGCCAAUCUAUUUUUAGUAACGGAAAACCCCUCUUGUGACGUCACACAAAAACCUCCUAUAACCAUAGAAAACACAUGAGUUCUGUUUGUCCAUCUGCUUAUCAAAUAGAUGUAUCAACGGAUCAGUGAAAUACUAUGGUAGCAACAAUAGUAAUAAUACUUUAAUAACAGAUGUGAUACACUGAGAUGAGAUAUUGCCUUUAUGUAUUUGUGUUCGUUUCCAUAAAUAAUAAGUAAUUUUGUACAGCUUUGAACAUUAUUUUUUACAAUAAAUAGCUCAAUUUUUUUUAUCACUUACAGAAUAAUGAUUGAUUUAUUAUAGAAUAGCUGAAAAUCUUCCUUUGUGAUGUUUAAAUGCUAUAAUUUUUAAUCGACCAGUAUUGACCAAUAUUGACCGGUUUAAACCGGGUAUUGACCGCCGGCCGGGUCAAUACUUAAUUGACAACCCUGUCUAGGGAGCCGUAAAUAUAAAUUGCCGCCUGCGACACCCUUUGCGUCAAUAGUCCACUUGAUCUGUUCUAUAGCAAGAGUUCCGACUCAAAGUUCGAUCGCAUCCCUUAUCACUCAUAGCUUUGCAUACUUACCAUAUUUGGCUCAAAAACAAAUAAAAGUUUACCUUAAAUAACGUGUAUGCAGAUCUUGUUUCAUCCACUAUAGUCAUUGAUAAAAAUACGGUCCAAACAUUAGCAUGGCUAUUGGCCUGUCGUUUAUAUUCAAUUGUGUUUUGAAAUAAGUUCUGUGUACACUAUGCGUACUUUUGAAUAAUAAGAAAUAAAUAAAAGUAACACUUACUGGUUUCUUAUCACAAGAUGUAAAGCAAAUAACGAAUCGUUAUCAAAUAAAAAUAAAAGAUCGGCAAAAAAAUAGCCUUUUAACGAAAUGACCAUGCCCACUUGUAACCGACUUAUUCGAAAAAAUGCCUAAGUGGUUGAUUUUCAGGAAAACAAAUUCAAUGUAAAAUUGAGAUAUAUGAUUGGGCGUUUAUGGCAGAAAAGCAUUGACAUUGACUUCUUCUCAAUUGGGUGUUUUUUGUUUGUAACGGCAACUGUUUUUUCUCGCAAUAUAUUCAAUAUAUAAUAAGUCUUAAAAUGGCAAUAAACAUGACUUAAAACUGAGUAUUAUGAAUUGUUACCGAUCCCCAUGGGUAGAUUUUUUUUUGCAAAGUGUUUAUUGGUGCUGCAUAUGUGUAAAAACGCAAAAAUGAUUAAAUUUGUUUACGUUAUCUACAACUUUACGGAGAUCGUUGCAUACCUGUGUUCAAGUAGGGAUUUUUGAGAAAUAUGAAUGGAAUCUUUGACAGAUUAAUGUCUAUGUUGCAGAUUAUUGUGUGUAGUUAUUACUUCUUAAGCGAAUGUGCUUGCUAAUGUUCUGACAUAGUGUAUAUGUAUGAAUAAAUUUGACAGUUG